AUGUCUUCUCCAUCCACACUGGUGCCACAAUCUGACCCACCACUGAUCAUUGAGCCAUCAUCAUCAGACAACAACAAGUCAUCCAAACGAAACUCGAAACAAGAUCUCUCUCCCACUGCUGCAACUGCAACCACUACCACACCAAACAAUACGGAAUCACCGCCACCACCACAACCUACCACAACAUCCGAAUCGGGUGGUUCCAAUAACAACAACAACAAUAACAACAAUACCAACAACACGAACACUCCUCUACCAACUCCUACAAAAAUCGAAGAUGAAAAAAAGAAAGUUGGUUUCGGUAAACGAGCCAAGAAUUUAAUUGGAAAAUUCUUUGGACAAGAAACGGAAGAAGAACGAUUGGAGAGAGAACAAUUAUUGAUUUUCCAAAAAGAAGAGGCAAGAAGGAAAAAGAAGGAUCUCUUACUUGGAGCGUCAUUCUAUCAGGAUGAGUAUCAAGGAGGUGUUUUUGAUGAUCAGUCCGAUUUUUUCAAUUCAUGGAAGGCACACUCGGUCGAUCACGAAGAUGCAGAAUACGAUGCAAAAGUGUCAGAAUUGAAAUCGAAUACGGUUGAAGAGAAACAAGAGCCGCAAAAGAAGGAAGAGUCAGACGAUGAACAAUUGACCGAUGAUGAGUUUUCUGAUGAUUCUGAAGAGGAUAGUGACAAUGGAGAAUCCAAAAAUCAAACAUUCAUGGUCUCUCAAGAAAAUGAAUAUGUUCAAAGAUUUAUUCAGGAGAGACGUGAAAUGCAAUCCAAAUUUACUGUUGGUGAAGUGGAUCGUUUGAAAUUAUAUGGUAAUAUUGUUGAUUAUACCAUGUCAAGCGUGGAAUCGAGCGAAAUUUCAGACAGAAUUUUACACGUGGUUGCCUAUAGAGAUCGAAUUCUGUUUGCCGAUGAAUACGACCAUUUGAUUGAAGUGAAAUUCGAUAAAAGAAAGGAGCUCAAAGGAUAUGUUGUGAAGAAAAUAUUCCUCUCCAUUCCUCAUGCUUAUGAAUGUUACGUAGUGUUGGAAAAUCCAAGUCAACAAAGUUUUGUGCACUAUGUGAUUGAUAUCAAUCGUAAAAGGUUCGAACAAAGUGACGCCGAACGGACUGAAAACAAAGAACCACUCACGUUUGACAUGUACAAGUUUGAUCCAAAAAUUUCAGGCUCAUCUCCACAAAAACCAGUAUUUGAUGGCUCCAAUUAUAUAACUGCUAUUGGAUUUCCACAUUCCGUCGUUCAAGACGAUGUCAUUACCAGAAAAAUUCUAUUCAUGGCUGUCUCGCCUGGAAACGUAAUUUACAAGGUUGAUUUCAAUGCUGAGGGUGAAGAGUAUGACUAUUUUAUUAAUUUCAAGGGAAUUGACAAGGUAACUUGUGAAGAGGUCUAUAACAUGGACACCUUGUAUAAUGAGAAACAAAUCAUUGUACAUACUCACCGACAAGGAUUCUCGAUUGAUAGCAUUGAAUUUGCUGAAGUUAAGGAAAUGAAUGAAUUUAUGGCAUUUGUUUCAAGUGUGGCUGGUGUUGCAGUUUUCACAGGAAGUGGAGAAAUUACUGAUAUUUUCGAUCGAUACGGACCAGAACAAUCCAUGAUUCCAGCAUUUAGAAAUUUCGAUGAGGAAGAACAACUUGUCGACAUGGACAAGCCAAAAGGUUUUUAUCGAAGCAUUUUGAAAGUUUACGACUCCACCUGCUUUGCUUGUAUCACUUCCAAGUAUAUUGCAUUUGGAAGAAUUUACAGUGACGCUCAAAAAACUCUCGACCGUGCAGGUAGACUUCCUCAUAAGAAUCCGAACGAUGUACCUGUUGAUAUUGAACUGAACAGUUUCCAUCUCUUUGUGUGUUACAAGGAUGAAUUUUGUGUACUCAUGCAACCAGCAUAUUUGCCACCCUCGAACUCUAGAUAUUCAUUGUUGAGUAAGCAUGUAGUCACUGUCAGGCUGAUCAAUACGCUUGGUGUGAAAAUUGAUCGAUCCAUUAUUGAUAAAUCGAGAGAAGAGAGCAACGAAUCCAUCUAUGUCUACAGCUCAUCCAAAUUGUUUAGAGUUUCAAUUUCUGAUCAAGCCAAGGGAUUCUGGAGAAUAUUCUUGGAUGCAGCUUUGGAAAUUGAAGAUCAAGAUAUGGAGAGAAUCAAAUCUGAAUACUUUAAGAAAGCUCUCCAUUUGUCAGCUUUGUUUGAUAUGAAUUCUGAAGAAAAUACUAUGGCUAUUUUCUCAGCAAAAGCAGACCACCAUUUUAAGAAAGGAGAUUAUAACACUGCUGCUCUUGAUUAUGCCAGAACCAACAGAAACUUUGAAGAAAUUGCAAUGAAAUUUAUGGAAGCAGAUCCUGAAGAUAAGAAAAAUGGACUCUAUAAUUAUCUUUACUACAUGUUGCACAGAUAUAAAAACGAUAAGAAGAAAAUGGAAGAAUGUCCAGAAAGCGUCAUUCUUUCCGUAUGGAUUGUUGAAUUAUUGUGUUUCAAGAUGAAUCAACAACGACAUAUUAUGGGCAAAUUCAUCACUGUUGCUUGCUCCGAAGAUCAAUACAAAGAACAACUCAAUGAAAAGUCAAAAGCUGAACAACAGCUCCACAAGAUCAAAACCGUUUUACGAAAAUUCACUUACAAUAAGAAGGAAUUGCUUGCGAAAGCUAAAGACAUUGUGUACAAUAUUUUCUUGAGUAAUAACUUUGUGAGAGAAUUUUUGUUCUUUGCUACUUCCAUUGGUGACUAUCUCACUAUCAUUCAACAUUGUGUCACAAUGGCCAAGAGCAGCGAAUAUGAAAACAAUCACUCCAAAGAGUUGAGUUAUUAUGAAACGGCGUACACCAUUUUGAACAAUUUCUGCACGGAACCUCACGCCUUCGAUAAGAAUAAUGAUGAAACUGCUCCACAAAAUCAAAUUUGGUAUCGAUACACUCCACUUCUCAUGAACUAUGAAAAACGAGAUGAAAUUGUGAAAUCCUUCAAGAGAUUACAAUUCCUCAAUCCAAGAGAUCUUGUUCCAUCCAUCUUAAAGUAUGAUCAAAUUAUGAGAUCUGGACCUACUCGAAGAAGAUCCAUGAGACAAGAUGAAUCUCAAGUUUUGGACUAUUUGAAAUGGUGUAUUGAAGAUCAAAAGAAUGAGAAUAGAACGGUUCAUGAUCUUUUCGUCUACCUGUUGGUGAAUAAUAGACAUACAGAAUUGUUAGAAACCUUCUUGAAAGAGACUAAAGAAUCAGAAAAUGUUUACUUUACCAAAGAAUAUGCAUUGCGAUUAGCUGUUGAAGGAAGAAAGUGGACUGCUUGUGUUCUUUUAUAUCGAUUAUUGGAAUUGUAUGAAGAAGCUGUCGAUCUCGCACUUGACUCCAAAGUCAACAAAGUUAAAUUGGCUGAAGAAACAGUGUCACAAUAUGUGGAAGAUCCUGAGCUCAAGAAGAAACUUGCUAUCAAGAUUGUAAAGCACUACAUUAAGGAAGAAAAUUACAGAAAGGCGUUAGAUUUGAUUAGUGACUUUAAUGAUGUGCUACUGUUGGAUGAUGUCAUCAAAUACUUCCCACCAAAGGUUCAACUCGAUGAAGUGAUCAAAGACGUUGAAUCCAUUCUUGACGUCUACUCUUUCCAAAACAACAAGGUUGAAGUUCAAAUGCGAGAUGCCACAAACGAUGCCGAAUUAAUCAGAAACGAACUUUCCUCCAUGAAUGUUUAUCAUGACAUUGACUAUGAUGACAUUUGUGAAAGAUGUAAAUCACGAGUACUUCUUCCCAAUAUGAACGACCCACAAGAUCGAAAGAACUUUUUCUUCUACGUUUUCCCAUCUGGACAAAAAUUCCACUUGAAUUGUUUAUACAGAAUUAACAAACAUCAACUUGAAAAUCAAUUAAUUGCAGUUGACGAAAGAGCAAUUGAAGCAGGUCGAAAAGAAGCCACACAAAAUCAUUUGAAACUUUUCCGAGAAAAGAAAUUUAAAAAACAAAAGAAAUUAGAAAAAUUAUUACGCUCAGCAGAUAAGGCAGAAAAGGAAAGUGACAUUAGCAAGUAUCAAUUCAAGAUCAAAAUGCUCGAUAACACAAUUAAUGAAAUCAAACAAGGAAAAUUCCAAUUCACAACCGUUGAGGCCAUUUACACUUCUGAGGAAUUAAAACAACGAAAUGCACUCCUUGAAAAGAUUCACAAAUUGAAGGAAAUUUAUGAAAAUUGGCAUAAAGCCAGAUUAGAACUUGCUGAAGCACUCAAUGACGGAAGUGAAAAGACACAACUCUACUGGCAACUCGAAUUUAAGAAUGCCAGCAAACAAUUGGAUGACAUUCUUGGAAAAUCUUGCCCUACUGAUGGACCCACGGUGGUUUCUGAGACCACUAUUCCUUUCAUUACAGACGAAGAAAGGAUGACCAAUGAAUUUGUUGUUUAA